GGACAUUUUCGUACGGCUCAACUCAUCCGCUGCACCCGCUAUAAUUCGGAAUGAGAGAGAGAAACCACAUACACUACACCACAACAACUACUCGUAACAAAUAAAAUACACGUCAAAUUAAACUCAGACAUCACUACUUUGUUUUUGUUAAAUAUUUUUUCAUUUGCGUUUUUCAAAUUGUCCAACUUUUUCUGAUUUGGGGUUGUAAAUGACUGAAUGUCUGCUUAUGUCAAUCCACAGCAUCAGCAAAACAAACUACAUAUUUCGAGUCUCUGCCAUGGAUGAAAAUUAUGAGAACUUCACAGAUGCGUAUGAAGAAAUGUGGGGUUUUGAUGCAAAUGAGACGAAUACCUUUGCAUCUUCAGAAGUGAGGGUGAUUUCUCUGGUCGUCUACUGCCUGACGUUUCUCCUCGGAGUCCCCGGAAACUCGUUCGUCAUAUUCAUCGCAGGAAUGAAGAUGAAGAGGACCGUUAAUACAAUCUGGUUUCUCAAUCUAGCGACUGCCGACCUCCUGUGCUGUCUUUCCGUACCGCUAACUGUAGCCGAAAUCCUCCUAGACCACCAUUGGCCGUACGGAUACGCCAUGUGCAAAAUUCUCCCCUCAGUAAUAGUCAUAAGCAUGUUCGCCAGCGUUUUCACCUUAAACAUAAUCAGCCUGGAUCGCUUCACACAGGUUAUCACUCCGGUUUGGGCUCAGAAUCAUCGAAGUUUAUUGCUAGCGCGGCUGUCUUGCGUUGCGGUAUGGAUUUUGGCUUUGCUGCUCAGCUUGCCCUUCAUGAUAUUAAGACGAACUUAUGAAGAGUUUAACAUGACAGUUUGCACUUUCGAUGACGACGACUUCACGACAUACGGAGCUUUGAGCAUCGUCAGGUUUGUGUUUGGCUUUUUAAUUCCUCUAAUGUCCAUCGUGACAUGCUAUGGAAUUAUCGCUCGCAAAUUAGGCAGUCGUCAUUUCCGCAGUGGCCGAGCGUUUCGCAUCAUGCUGGCUGUUAUCGUGGCUUUUUUCCUGUGCUGGAUGCCGUAUCAUGUGUUGGAUUUGAUACGAAGCUAUGGAGGGGAAUCCAGUUCAAUGGUGGCUUUGAAAGUGGAUCCGUUGGCCAUCUCUUUGGCGUACGUGAACAGCUGCCUGAACCCCGUCCUGUAUGUGUUCAUGGGGCAGGAUUUUAAGAAUAAGGUUCAGCUUUCUCUACGGCGUGUGUUUGAACGGGCUUUCUCUGAAGAGGGAACGCAAAUAUCGAGAUCCACACAAUCACAACAAGUGCACUCAGUGUUGUGAAGAUAUGAACUUCAGUUUUAGCUGUUUGUCUAUAUGCACUUUCAAACAGGUCUCUUUCCAUUCUCUCUCCUGUGGUUUGUAAUGUAAUGGACAGUACAGAUGUCUUGAUACCUCAGGCUGCUGAUGUUGCAGAUCUCUCGCAUGCCCCCAUACUGAAUGUAACCCCAAACCAUGAUGUUUC